CAAGUGGAAAGCGUACAGUGUUUGUGUGCUUUGUUAUUUUAAUAAUUUGGUGCUAAAGUGGUUUAGGACAUCAUUUAUAAGUAAAAUGUUUUAAUGAAGUAAUUGGGUAACUCCAUAAAGUUUAACAGUUAAUACAUCUCCAUGACUUCAACAUUAUUUUGUGCAUAAAGGAAUGAAUGUCAGACACCGACCAUGGAUAUCAGGAACCGGAUGUUGCUGCAACACCAUCAGCAGGAUAUCGUGAAGGAUCUUGAUGUCAACUUCAUAUUGGACGAGCUGUUCACCAAUAAUGCUAUAUCGAACGAAGUUUUCGCUCAUAUCUACAACUUGACAGAUCGUGUCGACCGUGCAAGAUAUCUCCUCGAUACGUUACUGCAGAGCGGUAAUAACAGCGCAUUCAAUGCUUUUGUGGACAGCCUUGCCAAAGACUACAAGUGGUUGUGGGAGAAGUUAGCUGUGGAGAACAAUAAAACCAUGAUCGAGGACAGUUUUGAGGACAACCUCAGUCGCGGAGAUGUGCCGCGUCUACCUGAUCAUUUUGUUAGAAGAAUGUCUUUGGAACGAGAUGUUCUAGUGAAACUGAAAUCGUUGAAUCGACAUCAAAUCUUGGUACUUCACGGUAUGUCUGGAUGUGGGAAGACUGCUCUCACCAUCAGCGUGCUACGAAGUAAUCCGCUAUUGAUUACUUCAGACUUCAACGGAGUUAUGUUUUGGUUUAAUUUCAGCGAUUGUAAGACUGACGAUGAUAUUAUUGCUCAACAAAAUAAAUUAUACCGUAAGGCAUCCUCACUAUCGUUACAAAUUUCACAAAUGAAACCUACCAUAUCAAUGUCCAGUAUAUGUUCGAAUGGUGACUCGAUGUCAAGCUACGAUCUCUCCUGGCAAGAAUUAAGAGACCGACUUAAGACUUUGUUCGCUGAAACACAGUUAAAAGAUGCCUUGCUUGUACUCGAUGAACUGAAUGAGAAAAAAUGCCUUGAGGCGUUCGAUAUUGGCUGCAGGAUAUUGGUGACAACGAGGGAUACUGAUGUCGUGUCUAAUUUUAAUCCGCAGAUUGUUAAGAUAGAAAACCAUUUCUCAGAGGAGGAAUCACUCGCCUUGUUCGCGUCGUGUCUUGACAUCGAAGUGUCAAACUUACCAAGACAAGCGAAGAGGUUACACGAAAUAUGCAAAGGCAGUCCGUUCCACAUUGCAUUGAUUGGUGCCGAGUUAGCUGAGAAUAAAGAAAAGCUUGUCCACGGAACUAGACAUUGGAACUAUUAUUUGAAUAAACUGGAGAAAAAGGAUUUGUUUUUUCUAACAAGGCACAACGAUAAUCCGAUGAAAACAAUAGAAGUCUGCAUCAACUCGCUAAAACCUGACAUCCUACCGUUAUUUAAAAUGACGUGCAUAUUACCGGACAACGUUAAAGUGUCCGCUAAAGUAUUGAGCAAAUUAUGGAACAAAGACGUCCCCAGUGUCGAGAUCAUAAUGAAACAAUUGCGCACAAAAUCAUUAAUAACGCAAUUAUAUGAUCAGGAACAUCAAAGCUAUAUCUACGAAAUACACGAUAUAAUUAUGAACUAUUUGCGCUCUUGUCCCAAUGAAGGGGAAUUGAGAAAAAUGCAUUCGGACUUCCUAAAAAGUUACAAUUACAAUGACGUUAACGAUGCGCCAGUGCAAAUAGUGGACGACCAUUACAUAGCGUUUUAUAUAGGCUACCAUUUAGCGAGGACGAAAAAUUUUAAUAACAAAUGGAGUUUAUUCAACAAGUUGUAUUUAGAUCUCAAGUUUCUUGGCAACAAAGUGAGACUGACCGGACCCGCGGAUGUGAUAUUGGAUUUCCAGAAGUACGAGAGCCAUAUAGCUCAUGAUGAACUGGACCAAACUUUAAUAUUUAGCAUCAAAGAGUACCUUAGCAGAUGCGGCAUAGAUCUACACCGGUACCCUUGCACGGAUCUAGUGCAAAGCAUCCUGCAGAACGAAUCCAAAGGAAUCCUUUAUACUAAAGCGUGGCAAGUCGCUAAGGACAGGAGUGGCAAAAAUGAACUGUAUUUUGAGUUUUUACAUGAACAGAACGUGGAAGAAAUCAAGCACUCUACGAUCGACGUGAAGGAAACUAUUACAGCGGUGUGCUUCCUUGGCGAUUAUGUACUGAUCGGUACUAUUACUGGCGUUAUUAUGUUUUUCCAUAUAGCAACAAACAAAUUGAGGAAACAGAUUCAGGGCACUGAAUCGGCUAUAAAGUGGCUUGGAGUGUGCCCCGUGAACCCUCCAUUCGUGGCGUCACUGUCUACCGACGGUUUCAUUAAACUGUGGUAUAUUGAUGACGUCGUGCAGGAGGCGACCGAUGACGUCAUUGAAGAAGAAACAGAAGAGUCCUACAACAACAACUACCCGACCAACGUGACUAUACUACCCAACUUGGGGCCAUUCAUAAACUGCCGAUGGGCGAACAACGAAGAAACUUUGAUAACAAACACAUACAAAAUGAUCAUACUAUAUAACACAUCCGGCAAAGUUCUGCACCUUCUGGACAAUUUGUAUAGAGAUAAAGAGAUAUUGCGAUGUAUCCCAUGCAAUAGUGAUAAACACGUGAUAGUGGCGACAAGUGACAGCUCUCACACUUUGGAAGUGGUUGAUUUGAAGACGAAAGAGAGACAGAUAUUCAAAGAAAACGAAACAAUAUUAGAUUUGGCUACAAUCCCCGGAAGCAACAGAAUCCUAGGCCUCAAACGUGGAGAGGUUACUGAAUACAAAUUCGAAAUGACGCGUAGAUUCAACCAAAACUGCAACAACUGCCCAAGCAAGAUCGUCGUAACUAGUGAUGUGGUCAAGGAAAACGUGUACUUUAUAUCGAUGGCCGUCAACAAGACUGGGACGCUCCUUUUCGUGUCAACGGACGAUAGUCGAGUGAUAUGUGUCGAUUUGAAGACCAACUCGUACGUUUUCGAAUUGGAAAACAGAAGAGGGAACGUAGUAUCAAUGGCGGUUAGCGAAGUGCUGCUAUGGGAUGAUUUCGAACCCGGAUCGGACGUUUUACUGACUGGCACCGGUUGUGUAGAGAACACAGCAAAGGUGUGGUACCUAGAUGCCGCUUACAUCUCUCACAAUACACAGCUUAAUGGCAAAGUCCGUUUAACAAAGAAGUUCGACGCCAGUUUCAUCAACAUCCUAUCACCUCACACUCCAGUCGCACCGCCGCCCAACAGCGUACAAAGCGCAAACGCCACCCCGAAGAGACACCAGUCAUUCGUCAGCUCUUCAAACAAUGAGGUUAUUAAAAGAACACUCUCAACCACCAUGAGUCUGGAUAGACAUGCGCUGAAGCCGUUGAAUCUGAAGGGUAUAUGCAAUGGAAAUAAUGAAGGAGUCACUCAGCCCUUAUUGGCGGUUGUCGAUGAUAAAAACAAUAUACAGAUAAUGCGCGGGAGAAAAUUAGUAUCCGAGAUCUCAACAAACCCUGACGAACAAAUAACAACAGUAACAAUAUCGCCAUGCAAUCAGUACGUAAUAUUUGGCCUACAUUCCGGUAUAGUGCGAAGGUAUACUAUCCGUACCAAAGCGACCAAAGAUAUAAUGGAUGUUUAUAGUACCGUUCAAUAUAUGAGUUUUGUGAACCCCAAUUUGUUGAUGGUUGCUGGGAAGAACCGGUGUUUGAUGGCGUAUAGGUCAACUCUGGGCGGUGAUUGGAAGCCAGAGAUGUUGCAAAGAGGGAACACUAAUCUUGGUUCACAGGAAAUCCUAAACGAUAUUAAAGGAAUAACAAGCAAACAAUACCAAUCAGACAUGAUAUCCAGUUCUGGUAGUGAUUCCAGCAUUACAUCUAGAGAUCGCCACUUUCCGAACGGAGAUAGAAAAAAUCUUUGCAAAGCAACCUCAUUGGUGAAUUGUUACUGGAUUCAAGACAUUGGCCUAAUAACUAUUGAAUCGAACGCUACUGUUAAACUUUGGGAUGAGAAUUUAAUAUUGUCCAGCGUUCUCAACAGUCGACAAAUAGAUGUGUGCAUUACAUGUUCUGAUUUCAAGAAAAAUGUGUUAGUUAUAUGCGACAGUGCUAAUUUAUCUUUUCAGACUUUUGAGCUCAAAAGGCGGGAUUCAUUGGAACUUCGAACGAUACAAGAGUACAAGCUGAACAACAGGAUAUGCUCCUGCGCUCUCACGGCCGACGGCAAUAUACUCGCUAUGGGACUAGAUUCUGGCGAUGUUGUGGUAUGGAACGUCCGAAACAAACGGCAACUAAAACUUCUAAAGCACCAUAAGACGAAAGUACAGUACUGCGCUUUCUCGCCCAUACCGGAACGUUUGUACCGCUCGUCGGUACACGCACACUCGCCGUCCGCAAACAUGCUGAGCCCGCCCUCCUACGAGGACGACUCGCAGCCUCCCCUCGUACUGGUUACCAUGGCGACGGAGAUCGUGUGGUGGAACAUCACCUAUGUAAUCCGGACAAGGAACUUCAAAGUCCUGUGGAAUAAACCUGGCGGUUGGAACGUAGUGACUCCAGUUACUAGCCCGAUAGAUCCGAGAAACGAAACGCCAACGUAUAACAACUCCAACACCGAGUCAAGCAAGGCUGAUAACUUCUUCUUCGGCGGUAACUGCGUCGACCCAAAACAGUAUUGGAAAGCCAAUUGGAAGAAGAAGACAUACAAGGAAGGUUCUAAACGGAAGGAAAUAUUGUCCUGCAUAAAGCUGUCUGGUAUGAACGCCAAACUCAUAUGCCAUGAUGAGAACUUCUCAUGUUUUGUGACCGUCGACAAUGCUGGGCAUAUUCACAUAAUGAACCUUAUGAACGCCUGCAAUACGUAGCACAAAAAUUAUUUUUUGUUUCAAUAGAUAUAAGUAAGUUCGAAACGUUUUCUUUGAAAAUUGUAAAUAAUAAUAAAAAUCAUUUAUUCUGGUUAAAAAUAAAUGGGUACAAUAGUUAAAUGAAUGCCCUACCCACUGCGGAAGCAAAACAUGUGUGAUAUACAUGAAUAAAAUUUAUAUAUGAUUUUUCUACAGAAUUCUCAUUUUCCGGAAAUUAUAAAAAUUGUAAAAAAUAAAAAGAAAU